AUGGGAGAGAAGAGUGAAUCACGGUCUCUCUCUUCUCAAAUCUCUCGUUUGUUCGUGUACGGAUCUCCUGUAGCCAACUUGGUGCUAUUUGCCUUCACUUUCUACGUACUGUCGAUGCAUCACGGCAAAAUCGACCAACUGCAAACGAUCAUGAAAAAAACACGAUUUGGGAAUGAUCUCAAGUUUGAAAGAAGUCAGGCACAAACGGAUGCUCAAGUACUAUUGAGAUACGCUCGAUCUGAAGAUGGUGCUAGCUCGCAAACAAAGAGUGUUGUGGACGAGCACCUUGCAGGAAUUAUAGAAUGGCAGUUGAAAUCUCUCCGAGCACAUUGCCUAGACAACGAAAAAAUUUGCAUCCAAGGUCCCAAAGGCUCCGUAGGCAUGAGAGGUGUCAGCGGUAAAACUGGCCCUUCAGGUAGGAAAGGAGAGAAAGGCGACGUAGGUGUACGUGGCGAAAAAGGUGAUCGUGGUCCAAAAGGCACAAGCAUCGAUCCUCCUCUUAUCACCAAAUCUCCUGCUGAUUUUGUCGCUUCAGAAGGCGACACCGCUGUAUUUGAGUGUGCAGCGACAGGAAAUCCGAGACCUACAAUUCGUUGGCGCAGACUGGGCGACUCGUCACUUCCUACAUCUCGUACUACGAUAUCCUAUACCAACGCACUGACCAUCACUAAUCUACAGCAGGACGACUCGGGAUCUUACGUUUGUGAGGCAUCAACCGUGUUUGGCAUGACACAAGCAUACGCAACGCUUGCUGUAAAUGUGCCCGUGUCUUUCAUCAACACAUUUCCUGACACCGUCUUUGUAUCCCUUGGACAGACGGUCCGACUAGACUGUGUCGCUUCGGGAUAUCCAACUCCUAUUGUUACUUGGUCUCGAGCGGACGAGCUGCCCAAGUCGAGUACAACGCUAAACAACGGAAGUCUCGUCAUUCACAACCUUACCAAACCCGAUAUCGGACAAUACGUGUGUACAGCACGAAAUGACGAGGGGACAAAGACACGCUCCGUUACGCUGAAAGACGACUCUAUCCAAACGCCAAGCGCCAAAAACAAAGUGAUCAUACACACGAAUGCUGCAUUGAACUGUCGAUAUUGUUCUCAUCACGGAUAUUCUAUUGCUUGGACAAGAAUCGGCGGUACCCUUCCGUAUUUAAGAGCAAAGACGACGUCGUGCUCUCUUAUCAUCACAAACAUAACAUUGCAAGACAGCGGCAAGUACGCGUGCAUAGCACGUUCGAAAUCUGGCACAGCCCUCACACAUGAAGUUCCACUCAACGUCAUUGCUCCUGCUCGCAUUAACAGCACAUUUCCGAGCAUUGUUGCCGUUCAAUCAGGAGGAAGUGUUGCACUGAAGUGUGAGGGCGUUGGUCCACCAACUCCUACGGUCUAUUGGACUAGAGACUCCUUUCAUAUCAACAGCAACGAGACAGGCAUGCUGUACAUAGAAAGAGCCAAUCAACACACCAUUGGCACAUAUCACUGCCACGCAGUAAACUCGCUGGCACACGACGUGAAACAAGUUGAAAUAGUAAUGGGUCAAUUGCAAUUUGUGUUGCGUCCUCCUUCCAUAAAGAUCAGAAACGAGAAAGAAUCAUUCAUGAUCAACUGUACGGCAACUGUAGCUCCCGAGUUGCCUUUACCAUCUACCAACUGGAAAUGGAAACACGAUACAUGCGGCCUCGUAGUAUGGGACGAACAUUCAGUGAAAUCUGUGUUCACUAACGGCAGCCUGCUCAUAGAGCAACCAACACGACUAGACAGCGGUGUUUACAACUGUAGUUCACAAUUUGACGGACAAAAUAUCACUGCGUCUGUUCAAGUGAAGAUAAAUUACAAACGAGACACGAGUUGGAUGUUGGUCAGCGACAAAUGCAGAGGAUUUCGUCAGUCUACAUACGACAGUUCAGUGUUUUAUGCAGUUUCAUCGUCUACAACAUGGGAGAAAUCGAAAGAAUACGAUUGUCCCAGUGGAUAUCAUUGGGCAUGUACUGGCGAGGGAAAAAACAUAUUUAAAGGCGAUGUCAGAACAGGACAUUACACUUACCUUAAUCAGUGUGGAUGGAAUGGGUAUAACUUUGACGGGGACGGUCGCCACCACUUUAGAUUUCGUGACUCAGCAACAACUAAUGCUUACAAGCAUGCUGGACACAAUGACGAGUACCCUGUUUAUUUUAGUAGCAGUACCAGUCAGUUUGCAGGAAUUGUUUGUAUCAAAGACUGAUCAUGCAGUAACGGUUUGAACAUCGUCAAAUAUAUAUUA